GCGAGAGAGGAGAAGGUCCUCCAGGAAACGUGAGUCACCUAAACGACUGAGAACGCUGUAAUCCAUCUGUGACCAUACCGGAGGAUAUGCAGCGCGAGUGACGGUCGUGAGUGGAGUGAUUGAUCGAGAGCUAUUGGUCUCGGAAUCUGGUACGAUCAUCUCAGUCCUGUGUACGCCCAUCUGCGGGUGAAUCAGGCUUUUUAUCGUCCUCCCUGCCUCUUGUUCCUUCCGAUGAUUAAUGCUCCAUCUUAUUUCUUGCUUCACUCACGUGGAUAAGUUAUUGUCUAUCAUUGAGAGAUUUCUAUGGGAAAGUUAUUUGGGAUCCAAAGCUUUUACUUGGAUUAACAGUAAACAUACUUAUCAGUGACGAGUCGAACGCGGAGAAGAGAGAGAAAAAUAUAGCAUCUUUAUCCCCGUUUGCUUUGCUUCCCCCGCUGUCUUAUGGCGACGCGACCACCUCGGCCGGCGGAACUCCUGUUGUUACUGCCAUUACUUCUCCUCCUGCCGUCGGCACUCUCUGAUCCGGACGACGAGGCGUGCCUCUCCAACCUGCGUAGCUCCCUGACGGACCCGACCGGCAGCCUCCGGAACUGGACGGCCGCCACCUUCGCUGCCCCCUGCAACGGCUUCACCUCCUACCUCGAGGGGGUUACCUGCAACAACGGCCGCGUCUACAAGCUCUCCCUGACGGGCCUCUCCCUCGGCGGCGCCCUCUCCCCGUCCCUCGCCAACUGCACCAACCUUCAGUCCCUCGACCUCUCCUCCAACGCCCUCUCAGGUCCCAUCCCCUCGGAGCUCUCCUCCCUCCUCAACCUCGCCGUCCUCAACCUCUCCUCCAACCGCCUCUCCGGCCCCAUCCCCCCCGAGCUCGCGCUCUGCGCCUACCUCAACGUCCUCGACCUCCACGCCAACAUCCUCACGGGGCUCAUACCCGACCAGCUCGGCCUCCUCGGCCGCCUCUCCGCCUUCGACGUCUCCUACAACCGCCUCGAGGGUCCCAUACCUGCGCUGCUAGCCAACCGAACGGCGGUGGCGGGAGCCGCCGCCGCCGCCGCCGCGCUGCCCAGGUUCAACGCCAGUUCCUUCGCCGGGAACAGGGACCUGUACGGGUACCCCCUGCCGCCGAAGCGCGGGGCUGGCCUGUCGGUGCUCGCCAUCGUCGGGAUUGGCCUCGGCAGUGGGCUUCUCAGCUUGGUGCUCAGUUUUACCGCUGUCUGUAUCUGGCUUCGGGUCACGGAGCAGACCGCACUGAUGUCCGGCGAGGAGGGGAAGAUCUCUCACCUCAUGCCCGACUACUGAUCGCUUCUCCCUUCUUCGAUCCAUCGUCUCCCCAUUGUUCUCUCCUUUCCCUGAGAGUAAAUACUGUUCCUUUCCGUUCUUGUUUCCUUUUGCCUUUGACCCUGCUAUGAAUCACGGUAGCAAUCUGUGUCGUUCAAGAAACGGAUUAGGAUUUGAUAUAUCCAGAUGUAUAAUCACAGCUGAUGAGAGAAAAAGGAACAAAUCUAAUCGAGUCGGUUUGAUUCUAA